AUGACCGGAGAUGAAAGGAAACAAAAAGCAGAAGACCUAUGUAAAAAACUGUCAGGUCAGCAAAGUAUUUUUAAGAAAGUAAAUAGUUCUCAGAAAGCAGCUACACAUGCAGGUUAUGUUGUAGCAUACAAUAUUGCUAAAAGUAACAAAGCUCUCUCUGAUGGGGAGUUUGUUAAAUACUGCAUGCUCAAAGUUUGUGAUAAUUUAUGUCCUGACAAGACAAAGGAUUUUGAAACUGUAAGCUUAUCUCGAAAAACAGUGACUUCUAGAAUCGAAGUCAUAGAUAAAAACAUAUUAUCACAGUUGGAAUCAAGGAUUGCUCAAUUUAAAUUCUGCUCCAUUACUAUGGAUGAAUGCACUGAUAUAAAUGAUACUGCACAGUUGCUAUUAUUUAUAAGAUGUGUUGACAAAAACUUCUCUAUUACAGAGGAAUUAGCAUGCAUGCGGUCGUUAAAGGGAACUACAACAGGGUCAGAUAUUUUUCAUGAAUUUCUGGAAGGCCUUUCAACUUUGAAAGUACCUAUAACUAGCAUAUGCAGUAUUACGACAGAUGGAGCACAAAGUAUGACAGGGACAAAAUCUGGAUUUGUUGGGAUCUUUAAUCAAGAAUAUCCCGAGAACAAUGUUGUAUUUCUGCAUUAUGUCAUACAUCAAGAUGCCCUGCGUAGAUCUGCCUUGGAUAUGAAACCUGUGCUUGAUGUCAUUGUGAAGCUUGUUAAUGCCAUUCGAUCUCGAGGGCUUACUCACAGACAAUUUCGAGAGUUUCUUGACUCCAUGCAAUCAGAAUACUCUGAUUUACUGUACUACUCGAAAGUAAGGUGGCUUAGCGCGGGACGCGUCUUCGAGCGAGUCUGGCAGCUGAAAGACGAAAUAGUGUCAUUCUUCCAAGAGAAACAGUGGUUUGUAGAAUGUGAAAUACUGGAAGAUACUGUGUGGCUUUCGGACUUUGCAUUUUUCACAGAUCUUCUCUGCCACCUGAACAAGUUGAAUGUCAAGAUGCAAGGAAAAAAUCAAUUUAUUGAUGAUAUCUGGGGCCAUAUCAGAAGUUUUAAACUACAACUUGUUCUGUUUGCAGAUCAGCUAGCUAAGAAUGACUUGUCUCACUUCCCGAGGUUAAAUUCAAUAGCCCCAGUGAUGAAGGACAAGCUUAGGAGCUACGAGGAUAGCCUGAGAAGACUCCGUGUUGAAUUUGAACGAAGAUUUCAAAACUUUAGUGCCAUUGAAAAAGACUUGGAUGUUUUCAGUAUGCCUUUUAAUGUAGACUGUGAAACAGUGAAACCGGACUUGCAACUUGAAUUAAUUGAGUUGCAAUGUAACACUCAACUCAAACAGUUGUUUCUCAAUGUCCCAAAAUUAGAGUUCUAA